GUACAGGUGAUACAGGACAGAUCGCGUGACAUGAAGAACAGGUAUGGUAACAUAGCGCUGAUUGUCCAACAUGAAGUGAAUAGCUGGAGGUAUAGUAUUUAAAGAGGUACAUUGAUCUGCUGGUGGAUAUUCUAUUCCCGAAGAUUUUGGUGUCAAUCAGUCCUGUUGAAACUUGUUGGUGGCAGGCGAAGAGCUCUGGACAACCAUGGGUAGAUCGCCGCCAUACUGAUGGACCUGUCGAAGGUUUCUGCCUCGUAACUUUUUGGUUGGGAAGCUGAAGGCCUAUUGCUCGAGCAGAGGCUCAGUCAACCGGGUACUAAGCUACAUGAGCAGCAGGAAACAGGACUUCAGGACAUUGCAUUAACUCUUUACACAAAGAUCUUAGCACCACGCCAUACUGUGAUUCCCCUGACAAAGGAAGAUAACUUUGAACCAAAAGUUAUCCUUGUUCACAAUUUGGAAAUGUUUACCAUGACGUCACCACGGUAUCCUCGAUCUGUAAUGAUGUUUGUUAACAAAAAGAGAAGAAAAGUCAUUCUAGGAGGAAUUAUAAUAAGCGCUGUUCUGAUGACCUUGCGAAGUGCUCCUUUAAAAGAUCAAACAGCUGAAACGUUAACCCGUCCUGGUCUUCGAUCGUUUAUGCAACAAGGAGAAAGGAUAGGUAUACCAUUUUUGAUUCAACCGAAGCUAAAGUGUAAUCAGGAAUCUGAGAGAAGCACUGUUAUCACAGUAUUAAGUAAAACGUCAAAUUUGCCACAACGCGAAGUCAUACGACAAACAUGGGGUUGUUCAAAGAUGCAAAUAAAAUACAAUUUUCGUCUGUUUUUUGUAAUCGGAACAGUAACGGAUGUGAGUAGUUUGAACAAUGAAGUGUUUCUCUAUGGAGAUAUAAUACAGGUAGAUAUCCCGGAAAGUUAUUAUAACAUAGUUGAGAAAACAAUCGCAACUUUCCAAUGGGUGACUGAGCUCUGUUUUGAACCACGAUUCUUCUUCAAAAUGGACGACGAUGUCUAUUUUGACCUUGAAUUUCUCAAAAUAAUCCAAAACAAUGACACAUACUUGUCAGAUGACGUAAUUCAUGGAACGUGUGUAUAUGGUGUGCCACCAUACAGAUACCUUGACGCAGAGGGGGACAAAUUUAAAGUUUCUAUUGGCGAGUAUCCUUUUAAUACUUAUCCGCCAUAUUGCGGAGGCCCCGGAUAUUUUAUGACGUCACACACUGCAAACAAAAUGUACCUCAUGAUGAAAACAACCCGUAGCUUUAAAUUCGAAGAUGUCUAUGUCGGAAUGGUGGCAUGUCUAUUACAGAUAUCUGUAGAAACAAUCGAUAAUUUUGUUUACGAAAAGAAAAAUAUUACCAGGCUUCUACAGAAAGUGAAAGUAAAUGGUUUCCGGGUUGUUCACGGAUUAACGCUAGAUGAUGUUCAAUACCUUUGGGAUAGCCGACACCUGGAAUACAAUGAUAGACACGCUUAAUCCUUCUCAUCUUCAAAGAAUGUUGUUUGUAGGAUGAACGUAAGACACAUUUGAUUGUACCAAUAAAAUUUGAUACAGAUUAACAUGAUUUACACUGCGCCAAACAACUGUUUCAUCCGUCUUGGACUCAUUGGAGAUGAUAGGAGGCCAAAAAAUGAUGGAAAUCUCAGUUGGUCUAAACUGAUGUUUAAACAGAAGGAGAUGUGUAUAAAAACCUUGAGUUGUACGAAUCUAAAAAUUAAGAGGACUGCUGCUCAAUUUCAAAUAAUAAUAAUUAGUGGUUCUUAUAUACCGCUAAAUCAUAACCUUGUUCCUAGUUUUACUAGGAAGUUUACUUCAUGCAUACACAUGUGUACAGCUGUCUGUGUUAUCUCAAUCAAUUUUUGAUACAUAAUGAAUGGAUAACAAUAUGAAUUAGCAUAGUAACUCAUUAAUAUAAUGUGUUACUGGAAUAUAAUAAUGGAAGAGGGAAUGUACCGAAAUCAACUUACCAUCAUACCCACUUUCAUUUUACAAGUUACUUUUAUUGAUAUAUGCAGUAGACUGUGUAUUUAGUACCAAAUUAAUUGAUAAUAUCAAUUAUGAAUAAACUAUUUAUUAAUACCAUGUGUGUAAAUAUAUGUACGUAUAUUAACAUACAAUGAAAUAUAGGGGAAAAAAUUGUGUAUCAUAUCAACACUGUUUACUUGAAAGGUUAAUAUUUACAUACACAUGUAUACAGCUGUCUGUAUUAUCAUAUAUAAUAAUGGAAGAGGGAGUGUCAACAGAGAUACAUAUCUAAGAAAUACAUAUCUAAUAUUCAUGUGUGAAAGAUAUACUUAUAUUUAUAAAAUAUUAUAAAUAUGACAUAAUAAAUAGUGUUACUUAUCUACGCACAUACACAUGUUUAUAUACAACUGUCUAUAUUAUUAUUUAUUUCACUUUUUUAAUUCAUAAUGAAUGAAUUUGAAUAAUAACAUGAACUAGCUUAGUAUUGCACUACCAGAUACAUUUUAACGGCCCAUAUAGAGGGUUAUAGCUAAUCCUUCAAAAAUGUAUGACGCAAAAUUAUAAGAUCUUGCAUAUCUUUAUUUUUAUUCCAUCAUGGAUCCCAUACCGUGAAAUUUGUACAUAUAUAUGUCUAUGUUAAUUGAAUGUUUUGUACAUUUUUGUUUGUGUGUGUUGUCAUAUAUAU